AUGGGACCUUCACCAUUACAAAUCAAAGUUAAUGCUUUGAAAAGAUUAAUUAAAGAAGAAAAAUUGAGUAAACAAGAAGUUGCUGAACAAGAACAACAUAUUAAUCAAAUGAAGGCAAAUAAUGCUGACGAAUAUGAGUUAAAGAAACAAAUUCAAGUUUUAGAAGAAUCCCAGAGAAUGGUACCAGAAGUCACCAAAAAAGUAGCUGAAUAUAGACAAGCUUUAAAAGAAUUUUUAGACUCUUAUAAAGGUGAUGAAGACGUUACUGAAGCCAAAGAAUUACUUUAA